GAGAUCAAAGGUUUCACAUAAGAGGUUCAAGCCGUUUUAGAUAAUUUCCCAUUCACCUUGGCAGGUCUUGUGACCAUAUUUAUUGAUAACACAGCUAAUAAUACAAACGUUGGCCUUCUGGGAGUAGUUAUAGUUCGCGAGUACAGACCGCUGAAUACUUGAACAACCUCGUAGCCUGUGAAAAACGACCUUUUGCAGGUUUGUUUAACGCUUGCGAACUGAACGUUACAAGCACCUUGGGUGAAGCAACAACCUGUUCCAGACAAUGUCAUCUGAAAAGAAAAAGGAUGAGACAUCGAAGAGUUCAACAAAUCUCGUCGACAAUGAAGCGGGAACCCAGAAACUCAGUUAUCCUAAAUCUAUAUUCUUUAUCAUCGGAAAUGAGUUCUGUGAAAGAUUCUCUUACUAUGGAAUGAAAGCUGUGCUAACCCUCUACCUGACGUUGGUUCUUCUAUACGAUGACGACACGGCCACCAUGAUUUACCACAUCUUCUCUAUGGGUUGUUAUUUUACACCCAUCUUCGGAGCCAUGUUGGCCGAUUCUCUUUUAGGAAAGUUCAGGACCAUCUUUUACAUCUCAAUACUUUAUGCAGGAGGAAACAUCGUCUUAGCACUGGCAUCUAUUCCAAAUUUUCUUCCAAUGAUACCUAUAUCGAUGACAGGUUUAGCACUCAUAGCGAUCGGUACUGGUGGUAUAAAGCCUUGCGUGUCUGCUUUUGGAGGUGAUCAAUUCGGCCCUGGUCAGGAACGACAACUCCAAAGGUUUUUCUCCCUCUUCUACCUUUCUAUCAAUGCAGGAAGUCUCCUUUCUACUUUUCUUACACCCAUUUUAAGAGCGGAUAUCCAUUGUUUUGGUAAUGAAACGUGUUAUCCUCUCGCUUUUGGAGUUCCUGCUGUUCUUAUGGUCAUCGCUGUAGUCCUGUUCUUGCUGGGAAAGUCUCUCUACAAAAUUGUUCCACCGAAAGGAAACAUCGUUAUCACAGUCAUGAAAUGCAUAUGUCACGCACUAGGAAGAAAAAGUAGCGCUAAGAAAAAUGGAGAACAUAGAGAACACUGGUUAGAGUAUGCUGAUGAUAAAUACGAUCGUAAACUAAUAGGAGAUAUCAAGGAUGUGUUGCAUGUUUUGAAGUUAUAUCUACCGCUGCCUGUAUUCUGGGCACUUUUUGACCAGCAGGGCUCACGAUGGACACUUCAAGCCACUAGGAUGGAUGGUGAACUUGGAGGAUUUCUAAUUAAACCAGACCAGAUGCAAGUCAUUAAUCCUCUGUUGAUUAUUGCUUUCAUUCCCCUUUUUGAGUACAUAAUCUAUCCAGUAACAGCUAAAUGUAAUUUUUUAACCAGACCUCUCCAGAGAAUUGCUGUUGGAGGCCUCUUAACUGCUUCCUCUUUUGUAAUUGCUGGCUUCCUGCAACUCAGAAUUGAGAGUACGCUUCCUGUAACUCCAGCAUCAGGGUUUGCUCAGUUUGGAGUCAUCAACACACUGCCUUGUGAACUUGAUCUUGCAAUCCUUUCUAGUAAUGUCACAAUGAAACAAAUGAGCUCCAUAUUCUUAAAGAUGUGCAAGCUGGUGGCUCAGAACCUAACAUUUACCACAGAUUCCUGCUUAAAAAUUUCUGAAAAGAAAGAAUACACGAUCAAUUUAACAAGUCAGCAGAUACAGACGCUGUUAGUGACAUCUGACAAUGAGAAUAUUAUAUUUCACAAAAUGGAGGAAACUCUCAAAAAACCAGAGAAGGGUGAAGUGAACAUUCGCAUUGUAUUCACACUGAGACAGAAACUGAAAGAACCACCUGUGAUGAACAGUACUUUUAAAAUUGUAGGAAAAGAAAAAGAAUAUUAUCUCCCACUUAAUUUUGAGAAAACCUCACCUACUGAUGUAAUUAUAGGAAGCACAGAUUAUGAAAGAAUCAUACCUGGAGUGUACAGUCUGUACAUACCAGCAGCUAAUGAUUCGCUAGAAGAGAAAUUCUUUCACGAGGACGAGGAAAUUGGAACAUUUGAAGUGAGAAAUGGUGGAGGAUACCUUGUGACAAUUGCACCUGGGAACGGAACUGAAGGGCUUGAAAUUCAACUACACACCAUUGUCCAACCCAACGAAAUCUCCAUGUUCCUGCAGAUUCCACAGUACUUGGUUAUCACAAUGGGAGAAAUCAUGUUUUCGAUCACAGGUCUUGAGUUUUCUUAUUCUCAGGCUCCAGUGUCCAUGAAGUCAGUGCUGCAAGCUGCAUGGCUGUUAACAGUGGCUUUUGGGAACCUCAUUGUAGUAAUCAUUGCCAAACUUCACUUGUUUAAUAAACAGUCUUUAGAGUUCUUCAUGUUCGCUUGUCUUAUGGCUGCGGACAUGGUGAUCUUUGCCAUAAUGGGAUACUUCUAUAAGUACGUAAACCAAGAUCAGGAAGAAAAAGAAGCCAUAGAAUUGUCCCAGAAAAACAGAAAACCUGUAUCAAAUGGAGUUCGAAACGAAGGCUGUGAAGACGACACACAUAUUUGAUGGCCACAAGCGUGUGUGAGCACUGCGACAAACGGUGAUUGACUUCCCAUUGAAGACAUUAACUGUAAACAAAGACGAUUUGGUAAUAAAUAUCGACGUUAAAAUUCACAAGAACGCCUUGUAGUACGUUAUGUGAUAACUAAAUUUGUUUUACCCUGUUAAAAUAUAAUUAUUUAAACAAUAUAACUCUGUUAAAUUUCGCCUGAGCCUUUUUUCUGUUGUUGUUUAACAAUGUUCAUUCUAGUCUACUAAUAUAUUCCCCCCCUCUAAGAAGGUAAAUUCAAAGAUUUACAAUUAUCUGUGGAAAUACAGUAAAUCAUUAAUGAAUUAACAUUAUUGGAUUUGUUUAAAAUACAUAGCUUUUUUUCUGCACGUUAAAUGAAAUCAGAUGUUCAACACUAAGUAUUUGUUUUAUGUACGUUUUAAAACUGCCAUUCUGAUUUUUAUAUGUUUACCCUGAGGAUAUAUAGUUUAUGCCUUUAAUAGCGCACUCAUUAUUCUUUGAAAUAAUACUUAUCUCAGUAUAAACAACUGUAUAGAAAGAAAUUGAAAACUGAUUGUGUACCAUA